AUGGUUGUAUUUCAUACUGUUACAAGUUUCGUCACUUUUCAUUAUGAUCAAAGUAAUGAUAUACAAGAUACAGAUCCUUGGUUACAUUUUGAGCCUAGUAAAAAACAAUAUGAAAAGUUGUUUGAUUUAAGUUCAGCAUACCAUAAUAAGUUACCAACAAUUUCUGAAAUAAAUAAGCAAUUUGAUGAGCCAUCUAAUAUUACAAAUAUAACCAAAAAAUCCAUAAAUAUUAAUCCUUAUAUAUUUGAAGAAGCACAAUUAGUUCCAGAAAGUGAGAUUUAUAGACCACAACUAUUUGUUCCUGAUCCAAUAGGAAUUAAUCCAAACUCGAUUACUAAUAUUCGAAAGGUUCUUGAACAUAUUAAAGAAAUUUCUGGAAUUAAAGAUAAGAUAAACAUGUUAAAGUUAUUUGUCAAAUUAAAUUGGAAUAUCGAUAUUAGAGAUUUUGUACAAUGUCAAAGGUAUCAGAAUGAAAAUCAACUUCAAUUUUUUAAAAAAUAUUCUGAUCAUCAUAAGGCAUGGGAUUCAGUGUGCAAUAUAUAUAAACAUGCAAUGGCUUCCAAAUUAAUGUGGCCAUAUGUCAUUUCUGAAGAAAAUCUUUUUGUUGAAGGUUAUUUAGAAUGGGCCCAAAAUCAAACAGAUCCUAUAUUUAAGUUAAA